CCCCUUCCCCGUCUUCUCUCCAGCAACGUCGCCAUCACGAGCCACCUCCGAUGAACUCACAACAAUACAGCCCGUCGUACGCGCACGGAGCGCCUGAACAACCCUCCUAUCCCUGCCCUUCGCGUCAUGACCACUCUCUGCACCCUCCGUCCGGAUCGCCCGCGUCACCCAUAGCUUCACGCCAGCGACACCCUCCAGUGCGACCUAUCGGGACACAAUCCAUUGAACCGAGCCAUUCCCUUACACCUGCGCAAGGCAGGCCGUACUCCGCGGCGUCAUAUACCACCUUCAGCGAACGUUCUACACACGGUCAUGCUCGCGAGCGCUGGCAGCCCGCGGACCCAUCGGUUCUGCUUCACACUCCUCGAGCCCAGGACUAUCGCAAUUCUAUCGCAACAUCAACAGCUUCUACAAUCAUCCCUCCCAGGCGCCCCGCGCAGGUCUCGUCGAGCCUCACCCUACCACCAGCGCAGUCGCCAUAUGGGAUCUACCAAGAGUUCACGCCACCGCUGAACAUCGCACUGGACCCAGGUCAGAUGAGGCUGGCAGCUCCUUGCGCCAAUCUCGACCGCAAUGUCAUCUGCUGGGUAGGUCGCGUCCUCGCACCUGGGAUCGUGCAUAUCAGUGCGGAUGGGAGGUCAACAAUUGCUCGACUUGCUCGGGUCGUGUGUGGUUGCGCGAUUGCGCGUGAAGCUUACCUGCUCAAUCGCCGGUAGGACGUUGGCAUGCGCGGCGACGCGUCAAAUUCUCGUUUGUACUUCUCUCACUUGCGCACACAUAUACUAAAGCCAGGAAUUCUGUUCGAGAGUAGAUGUAUCUCAUAGUGUAUUGUGGAAUAGAAGGCAGGACGUGCAUUCAGUAUGUACGAGGAAGCAUCUUGUCGGCAAGACGCAGCUAACCAGCG